AUGGAGGAGAUGAUGCAAGCUCUGCAAAACCAAGUCGCACAGUUGAGUAGACAGCAAGAUACCCUAAGUCAAGCACUACAAAGAGCUGAGCAAGCGUACGAACAACAAAGCGCAGUGUUGACAGCCACUCGCAACGAGUUGAGCGCGGCCCUAACCACAAAAGCAAGCAGUGCCAGUGUUGAGGACCCAAACCUUGUGGAUUCCAGGAACAUUCCGAAACCACCUGUGUUUGAUGGGAAGCGUGAGACUUGGGAAAGAUGGAAGUACGUGUUUGUAGCUUGGAGUUCUACAGUCAAUGCGGCUUACCCAGGUUUGUUUGACAAGGCCGAAGCUUCAACGACGCCCAUAGAACAUGCCACGUUGACAGCAAAUGAGGUCCGUUUGAGUAAGGCUUUGUUGACGAUCCUUAUGGGAUAUGCGCCGGACUCAGUGAUGAGCAUGGCCCAACAUGUUUCCGAAGUGCGGGAGGAACCAGAACCGAACCCCAAACCCGAAACUGACGCAAUGACAGUAGGAGCCAAGGUGCAGACAACAGAAUUGCAGCCAGUUCCGAGGCGGUUGGCAUGGCAUUGGGGAGGUGAAACAUGUUUCAAAUUGAAAGAUGAUGCGGCAAGCGCGCAGGCAGAACCCGAAGCGCCCGAUCCACAUGUCCAACAUGGCAUGGAGCAUGCACACUUCAUGGAAGAAACCGCUGACAGACCCAUCAUUCAUCCUAUGUCAUCUCCACCGGAACCAUCCCCGCAAGAGCGAGCAGAACACAAUGUGCAUCAUGCUACGUAUGCGUCCUGGUGUCCACACUGUGUUGCUGGACAGGGUAGGCAAGCUCCCCACAUGCAACGCCACACGGACACACCGGAACACAUCGUGUAUGCAGAUUUCAUGUACUUUUCUUCCAAAGGCGAAGAGGUUCAGCCUGGCGACUUGCCAGCGGGGGCAGACGGGGGUGAUGUGGUGACAGUUCUUACCGCCAUUGACAAGGACUCGCGUUGGCCUUUCGCAGUUGUGAUUCCUUCCAAAAAAAUUGACGACCCCAACAGUUAUGCAGUGAAAUCCUUGGAAACUUGGUUGUUAGGCCUUGGUUGGAAACAGUUCACUUUCCAGACAGAUCAGGAACCAGCAAUCAUGAAACUUGCAAACACGGUACGUAAGAAGAUGGGACAUGACAAAAUGCAGGUGCGACAAAGUCCCAGGUACUCUUCUCAGUCCCUCGCUGAAGGAGAAACCGUGAACCAACAAAUUGCAGGUAGAGUUCGGACAUGGGUGAGUGUUUUGUCUGAGCAGUACCAGGUGGACAUACGCAACACACAUCGUUUGUUUCCAUGGAUUGUGCGACAUGUUGCAUGGGCAAUGGCGCGGCUGCACGUCAACACGAGUAGGACCACGCCAUUUCGGAUCAUCAAGGGACAUGAUUUUUUUGGUGAAUUGCUUGCGUUCGGUGAGUGUGUGUUGGCCAAGUGGCCAAACAUGAAGGAUUUAGCUAAGGGUGUGCCACGGUGGGUGCAUGGUGUCUUCGUCGGCAAAGCUGAGGGAUCGGAUGAGCAUAUUGUCUUGACACCUGUUGGGGCACAAACCUUCCGGACAGUGCGUCGGUUGCCAGAGUCCAGCCGACACAGCCUUCAUUCUUUGGAGUCUGUUGCGGGUUUACCAUGGGACACUAAGGACGGUAGCUCCAAAGUACAGCCAGCGAUAGUGGUAAGCAAACCCGGUGUAGAGUUCGUACCUGUGCUACCCCCUGUACUUGCACACGCGCCAGCGGCCCCAAGCGCGGACGCGAAACAAGCCGUGCAAGACGAAGACGCGCUCGCCUUACGUGCGCCCAAGAAACCAAAACUGCAAGCAGACAACCUCUCAGAUGCGCGGAUGUCGGACGAGCCACAACAGUUCAACAUCGCCACACCACGCGACAGUAACCAAAGCCCCGCGUCAUCCAUCGCCCACUGCCCUUCCAGCGCGUAUGACCCUUCGGUUAGGAGUAGGUCUCCCCCGCGGGAAUUGCCAGAUGAGGCGGGUAAUGCCGCACCAAGCCAGGUUCCAGGCGCAGGGGGGAUGGAGGUUGAAACCGGGAUGGGCAGCAUUUCAGCAAUAUCGGAUGAGUUGUUGGCAAAAUUUGUGGAAGGUGACGAAACCGCAUGUGAAAACACAAUUGCAGACGUAGUAGGGUUUUUGGACACAUGCCUGACCCCGGAAGAACGACACAUGGCACGAUUGCGGGAAAUUAAGAAAUUGGAAGAUGUGUUCAGAGCAUUCACACCCCGGGACGCAAGAGCAUUGCCUCCAAACAUUCGUGUUUUCAACCAUGUUUGGGUAGACAAAAAGAGUGGCGGCAUGGCAAAAAGUAGGCUGACCUGUGCUGACGUGAAACAGAAACUCACUCCAGAACAACGGUUGAGUUCAGAAGGCCAAUCCAAUUUUUGCCCAACUCCACACCCAGCGUCGUUGAAAAUUUUGGAGGUGUAUUCUCUCUUGAACAGAUUCCCACGUGCAAAGGCUGAUCUCACCAGUGCUUUUCUCAUUGCUCGUGACAGCGGCGAUGACCAAGGGCAGCCCACAUGUUUGAGACCACCACAGGAAUGGUUGAAUGACUAUGACACUUGGCUGCUCAAGCAAGACCCGCAGGUGCAACAGGACUUGGCAAACGUUCCAAAACAACACAUCGUUUGGCAGGUGGACGGAAACAUUUACGGCAGACAGCCAGCAGCGGCAGCAUACCGACAGGAACUUGAGAACAUUCUGUUGCGCAAACUUGACAGUGCAAAGUACAAGUUUCAGAGAGGCAAGGUUGACGCAUGUGUGUACCGUUGCAAGCUGUCAGGAGUCAUUUUGAUCCAUCACAUUGAUGAUUUCGAUGUUUGUGGUCCAGCUGAGGCAGUCAAGGAUUUGUUGGAAGUCCAACUCCCAAAGUUCGGAUGUAAACUCAAGGUAGGGGACCUAGAAGGUGUAGCAGGUGAACCAGGAACGUCGUCCGAGUACCUGGGUAGAGAAAAGUACACAAUCGAUGACUGUGUUGUGACCAAACCGAAUGACAAACACGUGCAAAACAUUUUGGGGAAGCUUGGAAUGGAAGACGCGAAACCUGCAGUGUUGCCAGGACGAAAGCUUGACCUUAGUAGUGCCGGUAACAUGGAACUCUUGUCUGACAAAGAAAAGGAGAACUAUGCAUCAUGCGUAGGGUCCGGUAUUUAUUUGAGUCAAGAUCGAGCGGAUGUGAAAUUUGCCGUAAAAGAACUUGCGCGUCGAUUGCAUGCCCCAAGGCGUUGUGAUUUUCAAAACUUGAAAGUGUUUGCAAGGUAUUUGGUCGGGACAAAGAAUUACGGACAUGUCAGUAAACUUGUUCAGGAUCUGGACCCUGAGGAGGCUUUACCAUUACAUGCAUACACAGAUAGUGACUGGGCCGGAUGUGAAGAAACGCGCAAACCCAGCUCAGGAGAAGUGAUCGUUUUGGCAGGCACAGUUGUGGAAACAGGCAGCACCACUCAACCAGGUGUGCCAGCAACUAGCUCAGGUGAAGCUGAAAUUCGUUCUUUGACCCACUGUGCGCAAAGUUCGGUGUAUGUUAGAAAUCUAGCCUGUGAAGACUUUGGACUGAAAGUGGACACUCCCAGGGUUUGGUGCGAUUCCUCCGCUGCGUUGCAGGCUGCCAAACGCAUUGGCAUGGGUAAGAUGAGACAUGUUGCCGUAGGACACAUGUACAUACAAGAACUUGUGCAAACCAAGCAAGUAAUCAUUGGUAAGGUUGACGGUGUAGCAAAUCCUGCCAACACUUUGACAAAACAUUUGGCAACGUCGGGUGAAAUGUUGGCUUCUUUGGACGGACUGGGUAUCAUUGAUUUGACUGACAAAGGAUUUGACGAACAUGUGCGUCGUACCAAGUUGAAGGUUGUUUCAAGUGUUUCUUUCAAGGAGUGGAAACCACUGAUGGCAUCAACUACAAGUUUAAGAGAACACAAUGGCGCAAUCUUACGAAGACGCAGGGUUUUGCCUGGACAACGGCGGGAAACACCGCAGUAG